UUUUCAUCUAUAUAAUUCUUUUUAGAAAGAAACCGCCUCUGGCGAGAGAGAGAAAGGAGGAGGAGGAGGAGAGCCGAAGCCCGAAGGAUUCGCGAAUUCCUUUUCAGGCCUACAGCUACUUCGUCAUGGAUUCAGAGGAAGCAGAGUAUGCUGCAUUUGAGGAGAAGGUUAGGAGGAAUGUUUACAUUGACAAUCUCUCACCUCAGGUCACUGAAGCUGUGCUGAGAACAGCACUCAAUCAAUUUGGGAAUGUUGAGAAAGUUCAGUUCAUUCCAAAUUACACAGAGCCGAGGAACAUACCACGUUGUGCUUUGGUGGAGAUGGAAAAUUCAAAGCAGGCCAAACAAAUUGUGUCGGAGAUGGUUAAUUUCCCAUUCAUGAUGUCUGGGAUGCCAAGGCCUGUCCGGGCUCGUGCUGCUGAAAUGGAGAUGUUUGAUGACCACCCAAGAAAGCCUGGGAGGAAGAUAAAAUUCCAUUGGUUGGACCCACAAGACCCUGAUUUUACAGUGGCAAAGGAACUUAAGCUUCUGACCAGGAAACAUGCAGCGGAAUCUUCAUUUGCCCUCAAGGUUCAACUAGCACAGGAAGAGAAGCUUGCAAACAAACAGGUGGAGACUUUGAAGGCGAAUUAUGAGAAGUACGAGCUGAUAGAGGGUGUUUUAAAUGAUGGAAGUGCAAAUCGCUUGGCACGCCAUUAUAGCAUGAAAUCAUUUUAAGACAGUUGGGUUGUUUUGAAAGGCAAGUGUACAGCAAUGGUGGUGGAAGGUUAUUGAAACUCUUUUCUAGAAGACUUGAAUGGAAGCUAUUUUCGAUCAUUGCA